GCCAUUUUUCUGUUUCCUUUUUUUUUGCUCUGUUCGAAAAAUUUGAAAUCCAAACUUGAUAUUCGUCCGGACGAGGACAGAAUCUGAGAUAGGAUUUUGAUCGGAUUCGGAACCUCUGCCUAAGUCCGGUGGGUACUUUCCGGUGUCCCUUCGUUCGUGGAGAUGGCGGGACAGAAUCCGAGCAUGGAUCAAUUCGAGGCGUACUUCAGGAGAGCGGAUUUGGACGGAGAUGGUAGGAUCAGUGGAGCCGAAGCUGUCGGAUUCUUCCAAAGAUCUGGUUUGCCUAAGCAAGUCCUUGCCCAGAUAUGGUCGUAUGCAGAUCGAUCUCGCAGUGGUUUCCUUGGCCGGCAAGAUUUUUUUAAUGCUCUGAGGCUUGUAACUGUAGCUCAGAGCAAGCGAGAUCUGACACCUGAGAUAGUCAAUGCAGCACUCAAUACUCCUGCUGCAGCCAAAAUCCCUCCACCCAAAAUCGAUCUUUCAGCCAUUGCCGGGCAACAACCUAAUCCUGUUGCAACUGCACCCCAGAUCAGUCCAGUUUCCUCUGCACCUACUCAAAAUUUAGGGUUUAGGGGACCAGGUGCUCCAAAUGCAAGUGUCAACCACAACUAUUUUCCACCUCAGCAAAACCAGAUGUUGAGACCAACCCAAGGAAUGCUGGGUCUAAGUACUCCUCGACCAUCUCCUGGUCCUGCUGGUCCAGAAUAUAGGGCUAGUCCUGUCCCAGGUCAACUUCAAUCACUUCCUGGAGGCACUGUUUCCCGUCCGCCUCCACAGGGUGUUUCGACAAGUGUAUUUGGUUCGAAUGUCUCGAAUGAUUGGAACGCCGGAAAAACUGGCGGAUACUCGUCAGGCUUCGGAGGAGUAGGCUUAGCAGGACCUUCUGCUAUCUCAAGACCUGAGUUGCCUAUUUCUACAUCCUUGCAGCCCACAGCUGCUGAUUCAAAAGCACUGGCUGUCUCUGGGAAUGGGACCGCUCCCAGCUCUGGUUUUGGUGGUGACAUCUUUUCUGCGACAUCCUAUCAGCAAAAGCAUGAAUCUGCUGUUGGUUAUUCCACAAACAGUUCAUCCAUUGUUCCUGCUUCUGUUGUCGCACAACCUUCACCUAGGCCCAGUGCUCUAGACUCCUUGCAGAGUAAUUUCUCAAUGCUCCCUGCAGGAAACCAGCUUCAACACCCAAGGUCAGUAGCAAGCUCGCAGUCUAUCAUGUCUUCACAAGGUUCAUCUACCGUUUUGCCACCUGGAAGUUCGGUUGGAUCUGGCCAUUCAACUCCUACUGGAAAUUCUCAGCCUCCGUGGCCAAAGAUGAAACCAUCAGAUGUCCAGAAAUAUACAAAGGUAUUUGUCGAAGUAGAUAGUGAUAAGGAUGGAAAAAUUACCGGUGAGCAGGCAAGGAACCUCUUUUUAAGCUGGAAACUACCCAGAGAUGUAUUGAAACAUGUCUGGGAGUUAUCAGAUCAGGAUAAUGAUACUAUGCUCUCUCUGAGGGAGUUUUGCAUUGCAUUGUAUUUGAUGGAACGGUAUAGGGAUGGCCGUCCUCUCCCAACAGCACUUCCUCAGAGUGUCAUGUUUGAUGAGACACUGCUGUCUAUCUCUGGCCCACCUAAUCUUAGUUAUGCAAAUGCUGGAUGGGGCUCUGGACAAGGUUUUGUGCAGCAGCCGGGAAUGGGUGCAAGACCAAUCACACAGCCAACUGGUGCGAGGCCACAAGUUCCUGGACCUGCCCCUCACCCUGGCAGUGGAAUAGAAUCUAAUCAGGAAAGAACUCAAGUGCCAGAUUUGGGUGAUCCUUUUGCUAAUCACCUUGGUGAUGGAAAUUCUGUGAGCUCAAAGCUUCCGGAAGUAGAAGCUGAAGGGGAAAAGGUUGGUCUAAAGCAGAAUGUCAUUAUGGACUCAAGGGAGAAACUUGAAUACUACCGCAUGAAGAUGCAGGAUAUUGUAUUGUACAAAAGCAGGUGUGACAAUAGACUAAAUGAGAUCACUGAAAGGGCUUGUGCUGACAAGCGUGAGGCUGAAACAUUGGCUAAGAAAUAUGAGGAGAAGUAUAAGCAAGUUAGCGAAAUAGGAUCGAAAUUGACUAUUGAAGAGGCCAGAUUCCGUGAGAUCCAGGAGAGGAAGACAGAGUUGCGUCAAGCAAUUAUAAACAUGGAGCAAGGUGGCAGUGCCGAUGGUCUUCUUCAGGUUCGGGCUGACAGAAUACAAUCAGAUCUCGAGGAGCUCAUGAAGGCUUUAUCUGAACGAUGCAAGAAACAUGGAUUGGAUAUAAAGUCGAAGGCACUCGUAGAACUUCCAGCAGGCUGGCAACCCGGAAUUCAAGAGGGAGCAGCUCUCUGGGAUGAAGAAUGGGACAAGUUUGAAGACGAAGGUUUUGGCAAUGAGCUCACUUUCAACAAAUCCAAACAGCAUGAAAACGGGUCCCUCGAUGAUGAUAGUCUAACACAUGAUUCAUCCUCUCAUCCUGAUGCAAAGAAUGGGCAUUUUUCAGACGGUGAAUACGCAGCCACUCAUAGUGAUGAUGAAUCUUCAAGAAGUCCUAGAGGCAGUCCUGGCUCAAAGACUGCUGUUGAAACAUCAUCUCCAGGUUAUUCUCAAGGGAAGAGUGCUGAAUCCGAUGCGGAAAGUCACAGGUUCUUUGAUGACUCGAACUGGGCUAGUGCAUUCGAUACUAACGAUGAUGUGGAUUCGGUCUGGGGAUUGAAUGCAUCUAAAAGCCAGCAGGAUGGCGAUUUCUUCGGGUCCAGUGGCAAUUUCGACACAAACCUGGGAAGAGGUGAUUCUCCAAGUUCGGAAAGCGUGGCUCAGAGAAAGAGCCCGUUUGUUUUCGAUGAUUCAGUUCCAAGCACUCCGCUCUCGAGAUUCGGAAACUCUCCCCCGAGAUUCAGCGACGCGUCCGCGAGAGAUAAUAACUUCGACAACAGCUUCUCCCGGUUUGAUUCCUUCAACACAACGAGUGAAAUGGGUUUUUCUUCCCAACCCGAGAGAUUCUCGAGGUUCGAUUCCAUCAGCAGUUCCAAAGACUUUGGAGAAUCUCUCUCGAGAUUCGACUCCAUCAACAGCUCCCGAGGCUUUGGGGCCGACAAAUUCUCGAGGUCGGACUCCAUCAACAGCAACAGAGACUUUGGUGGGCACUUGCUUUCGAGAUUCGAUUCCAUAAGCAGCUCGAAGGAUGUCGGUGGAAGCCACGGAUACUCCUUCGACGAUGCAGACCCCUUUGGUUCAUCAGGUCCUUUCAGAGUCUCCUCAGAGGAUAAGAGCCCAAGGAAAAGGUCAGAUAAUUGGAAUUCCUUCUAGUUUUCGAAAUCUCCUGAUGAAAAUUGAAAAAUCCCACCUUUAUCAUUGUUUCAUUACAAUUAUAUAUAUAUAUAUAUAUAUAUAUAAAGAACAGAAUUAUAUUUUGUUUUCUGGUGAUCUUUUAGAACGGGAUGUACAAUUUUUUGCAUUUUUGUUCAUUUUCUCACAAUAUUUGUGUCUGUAGACAUCUAAUUUAAUAUUUAUAUUUUUUUACACC